AAGGAGUUGAGAACACAAUCAGACCAAGUAAUUGAACAUCAUUCGAAGUCCCAUAUACUCUCCGCUCCCCAUCCAUCACCAUGUCGGCAACUCGCGAUUUGGAGCAGGGAGUCCCAAUCUUCAAGGCAGUGUCAAGCUCCGCAAGGCAACUCUUUCAAUUACUCAAUUGCAUUCGUUUUGCUCCCAAAUGCCAAAUCCAGAUUAGCCAUGAGGGGUUACGGUUUGCGGUAGAGGAGUCAAGAGUCAUGCAAGGAAUCGUCUUUCUCGACAAAGCUCUCUUCACCACUUUUAACUGCUCUCUCCCCGAGCCCACCGAUGACAAUCCGGAUUCUGGCAACGACCUCCCCCACUUCCAGAUCUCCCUCGUAGCCCUUCUCGAAACGCUCCAGAUCUUCGGCGCAGCCGACACCCCUAAUUCCCGCUUCUCCAAGCCCGACAAUGACGGCUACGGCUCCAGCCUCCGCCGGGAUCGUCCCAACGCCUUCAGCAACCAGGCCCUCGGCAUGCCAGGCAUCUGCCGCCUCUCGUACGCCGGCCUCGGCUCCCCCUUCAGCAUCCUCCUUGAAGAAGCCGGCGUGACCACGACCUGCAACCUCAAUACCUACGAGCCCGAAGGCCCCGAGGAGAUCCCCUUCCAGCGCGACGCCAUGCAAGUCAAGAUCAUCAUGCAAGCGCGCUGGCUCUUCGACGCCGUCUCGGAGCUCUCCUCCACGUCGCCCACCCGUCUCGACAUCACCGCCUCCCCCACGGCCCCCUAUCUCAGCCUCGCGGCGGUCGGGCACCUGGGCAGCGCGAGCGUCGAUUUCGGGAAGGGCCGCGAGCUGCUCGAGACGUUCGCCGUGGCCGAGAAGUGGUCCCAGAGCUAUAAGUUCGAGAUGGUCCGGGCGGCCGGCGAGGCUAUGCGGCUCGCGAGUAAAGUCAGUGUUCGCGGUGAUGAGCAGGGGGUCUUGAGUUUACAGUUCAUGGUCGAGGUGGAAGGAGGCGGUGUCAGCUUUGUGGAUUUUAGAUUCGUGCCAUUCUUGCGGGAAGAGGAGGAGGAGGAUGAUGAUGAAGGGGAGGAAGAGGAGACCCAGGAUGAGGAUGAGUAUGAAAAUGAGGAGACCCAGGACGAUAAUAUGUGAGAUUACUGUCUAGUUGCUUUUCUGCAAGGCAAGAAUUUAAAAAGCCCAGGUUCUGUAAAUUGGCGCAAGUGUACUUUGACAAGAUGUAUUUACACGCUCGAGCAUCUACUCCCACAUAACACUU